UUCAGAAUGUGGGAAGGUGCCCCCAACUGUCACUAGUGUAUUUUAUGUCACUUCAAAGUACCUGUGGACAGUCCUCUGCUUUUCCAUACAAGAGUAAGCUUAGGAAUGCUUAGCUUCAUUCUAGGUCAGGCUACAUGCAGAUAUAGACCCUCUCCUCUGCUGCUUUAUUGCCAAUUACAUUAAAUACAGUACUUGGCAAGUUUAUUAAUACUGUACUGUAGUCAACAUCCAUGCCAGUGUAUAAAAUGACCCCCAUGCAGAAAAAGAUUCCAUUGAGCCAAUAGAUAGCAAUAAUUCCACUAGUGAUAGUGAAAGUCGUCCUACACAAUAACACUCCUCUCUUGUCACGCUCGCACCAGCCAUGAAGGCUUUCAAAGAUAAAUGCAGAUUAAUUUGUUGAUUUUUCUUUAUAUUUUGUAUUUUCUUUAUUAUUUUGUACUAUACUGCAGUAUUGUAAUUAUUUUUAUAUGAAUAUUUUUGGGUUGUGGAACGAAUCAUCUGAGUUUCCGUUAUUUCUUUUGGGGAAAUUCGCUUUGAUAUACAAGUGCUUUGGAUUACAAGCAUGUUUCCAGAAUGAAUUAUGCUUGCAAAGCUUUUACUGUACUAGCAAAUACAUGGCGACCCAAUGGGUCCAGAGAAACACACUCUCUUGCUUCUCAUUCUUACCAUUUAGUGAGCCGUGUGGCCUUCCAUGUGGUAGGUACUUCACACAUACUGAUUUAUUUCAUCCUCAUGGUAGUUUUUGUAAUUACAUGCUGGUAUUUACAUUUUGCCAGUAACUAAGGGGCUCAGAGGGUUUGAAUAACCUGCCCCAGAUCUCAUGGACAGUCAAGGUAGAACUUGGAUUUAAAAAGAGGUCUGAGCAACUCUCAAGAGAGUCUUUAUCGCUACUUUCCACUCUACUGAAGUUCUAUUAACUAUAGACCAUGCUUCAGUUUUAACUCUCCAGUUCUUGGCCACUCUUACAACUGAUUAGACAUACUUUCUAUGUUAAAAGCUUCUCAUGGCUGAACCGUGCCUUUGGAUAUUUGAAGUUCAUAGUUAGCAACCUAGAAUUGUCAGAUAUAGUCCAUGGGAGGCAAAUUCUCAUCGAUUUUAAAUGGAGGGCUAAAUUGUAAAUGGAGGAGUUAUAUUAAAUGGUUAGAAUAUCACAGAGAAGAAAGUCUGCUGAUAGCAAGAGAAGGAAACACUUUCUCCUCCAUCAUUUCUACCACAGAUACAAUAUACACGCAUGCACGCAUGCAUGCACGCACACACACACACACACACCCCAUAUCCUUGGAAGCAAAAAGUCAUUGAGUUUUAUAUUCAGUAAAGUGCAAUUAGAUUUUUCUUUACUCACUUUUAAUGCUAUGUUAACAUUUACCGAUACAAUGAAGAAACAGCUUACAUCUGUUGAGAUAAUUCCUGAUUCAAAUGUGGAUUUCUUUAUGCUAUAUUGUGAUUGGACACUUACUUUGUAGCUAAGGAGUUUACACAUUAGCUAAGGAUAGAAAAAUGUCUCAGCUCCUUCUGUUGGGUGUGCCAACUCCUUCAGCUGUUCAAGCCAGGAUGUAAGGAAGAAUUGUUUAGAAAUGACAGCAUGGGGUGAGUUCGGGCAUUAGGUGUCAGAGAUGCUAUUCUCGGUCAUGAUUCUGGAUUGCGAAUUUUAAGUGAGUGAUUUUUCCCUCAGCAUCUUCCUCUGAGUAGUGAAGAAGUGGUCCAUGAUAAUAUUUCAUUAACUAGUAUUUGGGUAUACAUGAUCUCCUUUGGACAUUCUCACAUUAACACUUAAGAUUUCAGACAUCUGACCCCCCUCUAAAGGCUUAAUGGAGUGAUUUGAGCCAUCAGAGAAAUCAAACUUAUUGUGUCUUCCUCAUUUCCUUUUAUUAGUCUGGGUUAAAACAGUCUUUCUCAAAUAUGUGUGUAUCCAGACUCUCCCACAAGCAGGUAAACACAGUGCUGUUUGUCCCAUAGGGGAAAUAAUCUGUAGGGGAGUCUCAGGAGUCAGCAUUUUCGAAGGCCUUCUUAGGAAAUCACAAAGCACGGUAAUGAUUUGCACCAUUCACCGGUUCAAAAAUAGUUCAUUCAAAAUUAGCUCAUGACUGAUCAUAAGCGUAAUAGAUUCGAUACAUAAAAAUACAGCCUGCCCAAUUAAAUUCAAAGUUUUGAUAAACAGUGAAUGUAUAUGUAUAAAUAUAUGCAUAUAUAUAAUUGCAUGCAUGUGUCCUAUGCUCUGUUUGUAUCUUAUUUUACUUUACCUGGCAGCCUUUCAUGUGACAGAAGCCUAACACUUGGGUGUUUCACAAGUGUUAAUACUAGGAAGUCAGAAAGGAUCCUGACACAAAAAGGCUAUGUGGAGACUUUGGUACUGUUAACUUGUAUCUUGAUCCUUUUGAGAGCAUUAUAUUAGAAAGAAAUUUGAAGAUGCCUUUUUUAUCUUUUAUUCCUUUCUUUGCCUUUAUGCUGCAUUUUGCCAUUGUUGAAUUCACUUUUAUUUCUUAAAUAAAUUGGAGGGUUUUUUUUAGAGUGCAGGGGAAUUUAGCCACAUGGCUCCUAUUAAGCCAUCACUUUAUGUGGAAAUUUGUUCCAGUGCUUCUCAUGUGGGUACCAACCACCUUCUCCCUAAAUCACGGAGCUCUAUUUUGAUGUGAGGCUUAUGAGGAACCUAAGAGUUCCCUGUUGACUAAUUUGUUGUCUUCCCAAAUAGUUAUUCUUCCAAAUGGAAUAUUUUCCUCUGUCAUUGAGUUGCAUCUCUUUAGUCUCUUUUGGAAAAAAAAUUUACCCAGGACAUGCUGUUUACAAUAGGCAACAAAGGCAUCGGCCAUCAUUCGAGAGGAGACCGGGUCAUUGCCAACACCACUAGGAUUCAUUUAGGUUGAAAUUGAUCUCUGGGUACCGCCCACCCUUAUUAUAGACUGACUCAGCGGGAAAGGCCUGUAGUCAUUGGGUAAGCAAAUAUUUUCAUUUUGGCUUUUAUUUAAUAAAUUAUUGGGCGUGGUUUUCCAUGCACUUAACGGACACACUUGUGAAGAUGACAGAUACUCGCACAGAGUCUGUACUAGGUGGUUGUGAUUACCAAGGAAAUGGUUCAGCUGCUCGGACCCAACCUGAUUAUCACCCUGAAGGUUGUUUAUUCCCAAGUGUUGCUCCUGAGCUUUUCCCAUGUCACUGAGAUCUCGAAACCUGAACCCAAAUCAUCCCCCCCAAGUCCUUGUGUGUGAAAUGGGCCCGAUGUUAUAUUGCAGGUAAAUGUUGAAUGUGUAUAUCUGAUACUUCCGGAUGCCUUUGAAUGGAGUGUAGGUGGGUGGGACACGGGACUUUGUGACCUGCAACCCUAUUUCUCAUUUUCUGGGGCUGUUGAUAAUUUGAUUAGGUCUUACAUAAAUAUUUCUUCAAACUCAAAAAAUACCUAUCAGUACCCCUGUCUCCCCCUCAAAACAUUGUUUUAGAAUGGAUUAAGGGGUCCUGCAGCUCAAGGAAGAGAAGAUGAAUGCCUCCAAAUUGACUCACUUUUUUUUUUUUUAAGUUAGGUUGGAACUGGAGAAAUGAGAUAGUUCUCUGCUUUGGGACAGGCACAUCGGCCUCCCCAGUGGCACUCUCAUGCAAAGGGCAGCUAACAGUAGUAAUGAGAGAGGAGCAGUUUGGAUUCCCAAGUCCCCCAACCAACAUUGCUUACAGCAAGUGUUGAAAACCAUGCCUCGGACUGUCCUUCUCCCUGUGGGGCAAAGCAUUAAUGAAGAGGCCAAAGGCAGCAAUGUCCAGCCCCUCCGGGAGGUGCAGACAGUGAGUGUGUGCACGAGGGGAGACAGAAUGGGGGCCUGCCUUUGUUCUACCUCAGCCCCCUUCCAGUCGUAGUUCCCCCAUUCAGUGCCUUGGCUUCCGAGUGUCAAAUUGUUGAUCUGUAAAGAAGUGAUAAUACUACCUUCUUGGCUGGGCUAUCCAGAAGAUUAAAGCAAGUAAUAUAUGUUAAGUGCUUAGCACAAUGUCUGGGAGAGACAUGGCUUUUAAGGAGUUCAGUAAACCUUAAUUCCCUCCUGCCUGUAAAACUCCAUUUGGGAGGGUAUAUUCUAGGAUACUUAUUGCGUUAACUCUUUAAGAGAUUAUUCACAACCUUGCUUAUUUAUUGUCUGCACUCUCUCUGAUUAAUAACCUACUAUUGAGUUCACCAGUGACCAUCGGAGGUAAAAUGAUCUUUCUCUCCUCACAAUUUGUGUCGUAUUUGAAAUUCAGGUCAUCAGAAGCAGUCUCAGAAACUCAUGACCAAACCCGCAGUUAUUUGGGUUUCCUUCAGAUUCACUGCUAUUUUUUUUAAUUACAUGUGUUUUCCUAUUUUCCUUUCAGGACAAGAGCUACGUAUUUUCAUCACCAUGGUUAUCUUCUGAUGCUUUAAAGUAUUUCCCUGUUUUCCUCUAUUUGGGCAUAGAGGCAUGGACGUUGUACUUUGUCUAAAAGUAUUUACUGUCUCCAAAGAGUAGACAGAGUAACUUAAAUUUAUAAAGUGCUAAAACAUUAUCAUUAUUUUGUGUUUGGUGCUUGCAAACUCAGAACUUUACAUGUUGGGAAGAGCUUUCAACACCUUCUUUCCCUCCUUUGAAAAAUAAUCAACAUAUUGCCUCUAGCAUUCUUUCGAGGAAAGGCAAAGAUUGUGUUUUCUGAUUUUUGAGCAUAUAAUUUUUAUAGCAAUGGCAGUACAAACUGCUUGUACCUUUUGGGGGUAACUUAACAAUACGUUGUCUUUUUUUGUUAACAAACUCAUUCAGAUUUACAGCUCUUCAUAUUAAAACCAAUUACUUGCUUGAUGGUAGAUAUAUUCCAUUACAUUGGAGAAAGGGCAUUAUAGAUAUACCUUGGAGGCAUUCCAGAUCCCCAAGAGCAUUCAUCUACUGUGCUAAGAAGGGAGCAAACAUUCUGAUGGCCAGCCCAAGUCCUUGACAUGAAAGUCAUGAUGAGCACAUGGUUUGUAUUUCUGUUUAGAAAAAGUGAAAAGCCAGUUCUGCCCAUGAUCUUAAAUAUUAUUACUCCUCUAACUAUAGCUCCGGCCAUUGGUCAGCAAACUCUGCCACCCUUGUUAAAAACAAAAUGGAAAUUCAAAUCUCACAAUAAACAAGGAAGAGAAGAUGGGAGCCUCCAAAUUGACUCACCUUGUAACGGAUUGCCACUUGUAUUUUUCAUUUUGGGUUGGCAAAUCUGAGGCUCGUGGGAUUCCAUUGUGGGUGACCCCAUUUAAAUAAUUAUUCAAAGACUUUCAAAUCGUAUCAUUCUGAUGCUUGCGUUUGCUGUUGGAGUAGAAAACUACAAAGCUGAAUCGAUUUUUUAAAAUUUAUUUUUGUAUUUUGUCAGUAUGUAUAAAAAUGGAGGAUAGGAAGGGAAAUGAUUCAUUUUAAAUGACGUAUGAAUCCAUUUUUCUCCUGCAGUGCUGUUACAGAACUCCUGUUGACAUUAAGGAGAGUUGAGUGCAUCAUGAGGAGGAGAAUUCUACUAACUAGUCUAGUGCUGCUACCAUUAAAAGGAGGUGCAUGGAUUUUUAUUAAUUCCCUGCAUCCGUCACCCCCUUGGAUAUUCUGCUUUCUAGGCACUAUGCUCAUUGUUAGUCAUCUUCUUAGCCUCCGAGGACUAUGCCCUGCCUUCGAUAUGUGUGUUCUGCUUCCUCUACUGUCGAUAGGACUUGAGCCAGAAGGUCAAGGACAGACUUGGGCCUUUAUUCAGCAAACAACAAUCACUGCCUUUACAGAGUUUGUCAAGCUCUGAGUUGAGGAGGAAAGAGCCAGAUAUUUUUAAUAUUGCCUGGGUGCUGCUCUUUUUAUUGUCAACCAUGCACAAAAGGACAUCCAGUCUGUUGUUGUUUUUAAUACAUAGACCCCCCCUUUUUUUUCUCUAUUUCUACGUAUAACCAUUCAGAAAGCUGCUAAGCAUUCCAGGAUGGCACUUUUGCUGACUCGUGCCUACACAAAAAUCACAGGGGCACUUUGUUGACUAGGUGGCGUAAAAGCAUAUUGCAAACAUCAUUAUCAGAUGAGAACAUCUUUAUAUAACCAUUUUGAAUAAUAAUGGCAGCAGUAGCAAUGCUAACUGAUGGAUGAUAAACCAAGAAUCCAUGGCCAAGUGGCUGUCUCUAAGAAGUCACCUUGCAAAUAAGAGGCCAAGUGGUGGGAAGGAUACAUUGGCCUCCUACCUAGGGCUGACGCUGGCCAAGAAAAUAGAGGCCACAACAGAGUAGGGAAGUUGAGGGUUGGGGAAUGCUAACAAACCUUGGUUUUUGGUUAUUUCAUGUAUUGGCUUUAUGUAGCUCAAUGUAGGAGCACUUUUAUAAGAAGAGUAUUCCUUCCAAUUGUAGGCUCAUACAAAGUCACAGAUAGCUCUGUUGGAGGGUGAAACACCCCUGUCAGGUGGUAAAAGGGGUAAGCUGAGUCUAACUGAAAUAUAGAUGGCUGUCUAUGCUCCUUCAACCCACACGGGCACUUCAAAACCUGGAACCAUCUUAUAAACCUGGGAAAUAUCUGUGCAGCAGAAACACAUUGCUUCUGGUUGAAAAACCUUCCAUCUUCUGGUCCUCCCAGCAGCUCUGAUAGGAAUCAGCUUUUGGAAAGCAUUUUGAAUUCUUUAUUUGAGUUGACUGGCAUCUGCAGUGAAUCUCCACUCAUAUUCUAGUCUCCCCUUAGCAGAAGAGCCUUCUUCCAGAUGGCCCCAAUGGGUCUGAUGCCCCCCUUCCUCUCAGAGCCUUCUUUGAAGUGCAGUGGUUGGUGGGAGUGAGAAGCCAGAGGGGAGGAGUGGGAGCCAGCUGAAAUUCAUGCUGCCUGGUGGGCUUACAGGUUUCUCCUUCCCUCUCUCUUUUCUAAUGUAUAUAUGAUUUUGAUUUUGAAAUGUUUGCCUUCUCUGGACGAAAGUAAGAGAGAGUUGGUCUGGUUUUAAAGAACACCCCCAGGGCCAUCCUGUUUAUGCAUAGUUGAUGGUGACAAGCAGCUGGCACCAAAGCCAUCAGUGCCAGGAUUAGGAAAUUGGGUGUAUACUCAUUUUAUUUAUGCUUGAAUUAUUGGGGGUCCCUACCCCCAAUGUGGUGGCUAAGGGUUGGGACGUUUCAGGAAAUGUAUAACUGCGUUCUGAUGCUCUCUCUUUCCUAGUAUCUCAUUUUCCAGCUACCUGGAGAAAACUACUUUACCUCUCAGAACCUCAAUAUUCCAUAUCUGUAAAAUGGAAAUCAAACUCUUGGCUCAUAGGGCUGUUUGGAAGAUUAAAGGACACAGUCUUUUAAAGCCCUUUGGAUAGUUUCUGGUUUGUCAUAACUACUUAAGAACCUGAAUCCCUUGUCAUUAUCAGGACCAUGUUUACAGUGCAACGAGUUUUUACUGAAUCUGUAUAGAGAUCUAGAGGGCAAGAACUGACAGGGUCUCCUUAAAAGCAACACCUUUGGAAUAAUAACGAAUACUCUUGGGAGGAUAUAUGCCAAUAAUCCAGAUGAGAGGGGGUGGUCAUUCGAUGCCUAGGCUAUUGGAAUUUCUUAACAUGAGUAGUUCUCAAAAGGGGGUGCUUGGGUCAUUUGUAGAUUUGUCCUUGAACACUCAGUAGUCUGCUUUGGUUGUCUCAAUUGUGUCACUCAGAUGUGCAUCUUGUCUUUCUGUUUUUAGUUGUUUGUUGGAUUUCUCCCAAAGUAUUUGUGGCUAAAAUUCCUUUUGGACUCUGAGCUGCCUUUUUUACAUAAGCCUUGGAAUGGAGUCAAUAGAAUGUCAAGAUGCCAGGCACAUUCAGCUUAAUAGCAGGUGGGUGUCUGCCGGUCAGCGUGCCUGAUUUGCCUGACAGUAGCAAAUUUAGGCCAGAAUUAAUGAGCCAGAGAAGGUGCUGUUGGUGUUGCAGGAUUUCUGCAGAGUUUCCAGAAGUCAUUUUGUUUUCUCCUCCUAAUGCGAUCACGCGUGCUGAAGAAAUUUGGGUUCACGUACGCGCCCUUGUGCGCGUGUGGUGUGUGCGCAUACGUUUAACGUGACAUCGAGCCGACUCAUUCUUGGAAAAUAACCUUGACACACAGACCUCAAAAUCUGGCUCAUAAACCUCAGGAGAGUUGAGUUGAAGGUAACCGUUUGUCUCGGUCUUUUUAGUGGUCAAGGAGAAGAAAACACGCAAACGCUGAGUAAAUUGCUGAGGUUUUGGUUUACACGUCGUAGGACACAUUCCUGUUGUAUGAAGAACAAUGUCAGAAAACAACAGGUCAGCGGAAGGGAGAUCCCCUGGGGGAAGGGAAUGGAGUCACAAGCCAGGGACUACUGUGUUCCAAUCUUCUGCUGUUUAGAGGAUGUUUAACAUUGAAAACACCACCUGCCUUUUCACUUUCUUUUCCUCUGGGUCUUUACUUAGGUAUCAGGGAGUAGAAAAAGACUAAAUAUGGAAAUGCAAGUGAAGUGGUUGGUGUGCCUCAUAGCUACUUCCUCAGCGGUGGCUUUCUAGCUCAUCUGUAGAGAGAGAACACAGAGAUGGUUCUAGUUUCUUCCCUGUUGAUGUUUUAGUUGGUCCUUUUUUCUUACUCUGUGUCUGGCAUCAGGCUUUCUCUUGUUUCAGCUUUGGAUUUCAGAUAGACACUCGACUCUGGAAUGUAUGCUUUCUAAUCGUUGGCCACGAUGCCCUUUAAAUUCCUGUGACCUCCCACGGCGCGAUGAUAUUAAAUAUCCUGAUCUAGAUUUGGGCAGAGGAUGAAUAAAAUGGAAAUGAGGUUUAUGCAAAUGAGCUUCCCAUUUGUUUGGAGAGGGUCCGGAGGCUGCUGUGGCAGUCAUGGAGUAUUCCAGGAUUCUAGAACAGAGCAAGCAGUGCUCUGAAUGACAAGCCCGAGGCUUCACGUGGCUCAUUACAGGAUGCCACCUACCCCAGAGAAGACUGGCCUCUAUAUUUAGUGGUCAAAGAAAGGAAAACAAUAGUUUGACUGUACCAUUCAGCCCUAAUUUAAACAGUUUAGAAAAUUCUACCACAUCUCCACUUCUCGGAACAAAUUGAUGGUUGUUCCCUUCCUUUGGUUCAAAGCCCCAGUCCUCAUGGACGUCUGUAGUGAUGAGUGCAGCACGUUAGCACUGGACGAUUUCCAUUUUCGUCUGGAAUAAGAGGUUAAAUUCUCCCUGUGCAAUAGUCAUAAAGUUUGCUAUAUGGUGUCAAUUAUUUUUAAAUUUAUAGAAAUAGAUUUUAAUAAUAAAGUUAUUUAUUUUUAUUCAGGAAAAAAGUGUGUGUAUUUAUUAGGGCUAUGAAGAUAGUGCCCAAAGUUGCUUUGCCAUAUUUCACCAGAAUGAAAAAGAGAUCUAAUAUUUGGGGUUAUUUUGCAGUGUUAUUUCUGAAUAUUAUUCUAUCCACAAUUAGGACGUGUGACAACAAUGAUUCUGUCAUCGCAUUUCAGCUUGGGUCAUAGCCUUUGAAGGGAUGAAGCCCGGGCUGUGGAUGACAGCUGUACCUGCAAACGUGGAUGCAAUCUGGCAUUAAUUUAUGCGUUUCCCUACAGUGAGGGGCACGGUUCUCUUUUUGUGGUAUUCCUACUUUACCCUGGCUGUUCUUUUGUUGGAGGUUCGCAAAUGGAGAGCAUCAUCAGUGCAGUUUGUCAGUGGAAAAAUUAAAGGCUUUGGAGGAAGAGCUAAUUUUAAAUAUUUACUUGACUAUUAAUUUUUUUCUGAGUCUCUGUUUUCAUGUCUCUAAAAGCUGUACAUAAGAAGUCUUUCUGGAACGUUCUUAGGAAGUUUAAAUGAGAGGAUAUUUAUAGUGAGCAGUACCUCUAACAGUGGAAGAUAUUUACUUACUAACAGCUGUCACCCCAUACCCUGUAUGAUAUACCAGGCGCAAGAUAUGUUCCGGUCCUAUUAUAUAUGCAGGCUGGUGGUAAGGCAAAAUGAAUGGAGUUUUGAUAUGAUUCUGUUCAGCAGCCAGAUGAGCAUUAGUUUGAUGUAAUCUAUUCUUACAAUUACAUGAUGUGUGUGUGGAGGGAGGGGGAGCAGGUUGGUAAUCAUGGUUUGUUUGAAUUCAGGAGCCUCUAUGAAAGUGAUAGAAAGCUUGAGAUGGGGAAACUAAGAAAGAAGUAGAAAUUAUUUGUCCAGUUACUCUGGGAGAUCAUUUUCAGCCCCACUCAUUGAUUUUCAUUUGUACUUAGGGUUUUUUGUUGUUGUUUUUUUUUUUUUUGAGACAGUAGAGCCAAGUGGCUAUGAAGUGUAGAAUCAGGCCAGUCUGGGUCGCGGUUCUGACAUUUAUUGGUGUUCCUCUUCGGUAAGUUACUUACCCGCUGUGGGCUCAGUUUCUUCAUUGGUAUAAUCGGAGUAACUUGAGAACUGACUUCAUAAGGCUACUGUACGGAUUAAAUGAAGACAUCUGGAAUAAGAUGUCUGGCACAUAGUUAGGCACCCAAUAGAUACAACAUAGCUACUUACCAUGAUGUGUAUAAAGGGGAUAAUAGUUCGAUCAUAUGCAGUCGUUGUGUGGAUUACAGGAGAUACUCGUGCAUGGAUUUGUCCUGUAAGAAAGUGCUCAGUAUAUCUAGCCGUUUUUAUUACCAACUCAGGAUGAAAGCACCUAAUGUUGAGAGAUGUUAAGUAGUGACUGUGGAAAAGGACAUCAUUUCAUAGGGUUCCGUAUAUGUUAGACGUACGUUAAUUUUUGUUGUAUAUUUCUACUGUAUUCCUAUAUUCUGUAUAAUUUUUUUCAGAAUAAAAAUUGCUCAUUGUUUCACCGAACAACGUUGUGGGUUAAAGCUAAGCUUCCUGCCCACCCCCGCCCCCUGCACUUAUCAAAAAUUAGAAAGCCAUCUGAGAGGAAAGAACCUAGAGAAAAUUCCUGUGUGAGGAGUGAGAUUGUCCUUGUGAAGGGUUAGGGCUCUAAGACUUGUAUGCAGAAACUCAUUGAGAAAUAAUCUCUGUAAGAUGCUAAAAAUUAUGGGAGGGAGGUAGGGGGAUCCAAUCCUGACAGUGAGAUUGCCUCUCCUAACAUUUCCAAAAAUAAAUACUUCCGGAAAAUUUGUUUCUGUAAGAUAAAUUAAUUUUAAUUUAUACGAUUUUUGUACUGUGCUAUAAUACUUAAAGUAGUAGAGGUAAUGAGAAAAAAAAAUAUAUAAAGUGCACCCGUUUUGUUAAAUCAGAAAUUAAGGAAACACUUUUGACCCAUUCAAAAUCUCGCCGUUGGCUAAAGUGGAAUGGGCAGAUUUCCCAAAUAGUAGCUUCAAGGAAUCAAUCCAUUGAGUGACUGAUGGGCACUCUUUACCAUGAGCAGAAGUCAAAUGUGAGUUAAAGCAAUGAAUUUUGGGAGCAGAAAACUUGCAAUUGAGUAGCUAGCUCCAGAUAUACCCAGAAUAAGGCAGUGGAUGCCAUAGGGAGAAGCUGCGAGCACACUCCAGAGCGCCUACGGGAUGAAGUCAAGAUCAGACUGCCGGUCCACUUAAAGGGUAUUGCUUCCAGGCUUUGUGCAAAGAUGAAAAUCUAACUUCCUUUACCAGGCGGGAGCACUGCAUGCUGAUUGCAGUGCUCUGGAGAGAGUGAAUGCAGGAACCUCCUGAAGAUCAAGGAGAAAAAGGAGGAGGGGGCCUUUCUUAAGCUAAUCAGAAUCUGACAAUGGCUAGAAGGAUGUUUUAAGAAUAGGCGGUGAUUGGCCAAGGUGUUUUGUUAUUGAUUGGCUCCUGCGAUGCACUGGACUGUCUUUAUCCCUGUGAUAGGAUUUAUUUAUUUAUCCCUCAGAGAAUAUGGGCUCCCCCAUUCUCCGGAACCUGGGAGCUUUCAGUCUAGGGAAGGCUCCACAACUCAACUGCUCUCGUCUUAAUCUCUAUUUAAGCAACAGUGAACUAGGGCUCCGUAGCUACUUGCCUCGCCAAACGGAAGAGCUGAUUAGUAUUUGCACAGGACUAGGAAAUGUCUUUUAUGAAUGGGAUGUGCACGUACCAGGCUGUACAGUAUUGACUGGGAGCACUGCACUUCUAUCCUUGUUUAAAUAGUUAGCAGAAGACGUUACAUGGAAAAAAAAAAAAAGAAAGUGCUGAAGCUUUUAAAGAGAAAAAUGUGGAGGCCAAUUAAAGCCACGAAAGGCCUUGUGAAUCGUGCGUUCGUUCUGUAUUCGUGUGCAGGAGUAGACACGGAGGGCCUAGGUUGGGUGACUGGACUCAGUCAGGCUUGGAGGUUCUUCCUUAGCCACUUCUGCAGCUCUUUCUUCCCUUCCUGUCUUUCAGGACAUGACAAUAUGCCCUCCAGAGCCACAGAGGACAGACGUCCUCCUCUGGGCUCCUGUGGCCACUUCUCCACUCACAUGGCAGGCCUCCGCAGAGCAUGACUUCCUGUGCGGUGGCUGACCGCAGGUGCCCGCUGACACAGGGUGCUGAGUGGCACUGAGAGCUGCUUUAAGAGCCCUGCAGAGGUGGUGUGCAUGUCUGCAGCUGCGUGUCUGUGACAAUACUGGCGUGUUCGGGCAUCGCUGGCCCUACCUUCGUCAGGCCUUCUGUGUGGGAGCUAUAUGAGGCUUUUGUACCCCCACUUACUUUUCAUUGCAAACGGGGCAUCAUCCAAAAAGCAUGCAAGGGGGGGCUGGCAGGGGGUGCCUGGGAGAGGCAAUGAAUAAAAAUACAAGAGGGCUGAGGAAAGGCAAGAGACAGGGGAGGGCUUCUGUGGCAUGGUGAAAGAAUAUUUAACUUAGAACCAGGAAAUGUGGUUGGCCUUCUACCACAGCUGCUGACUGGCCGUGUGACCUUGAACCCUGGUUUCUUUAUUUGGAAGAUGGUGGUCUAAUCUUGCAGCUAUCUGCAAGGUGGAGGUGAGAUUAAGGGAGAUAUAAUGCUUGUGGCGUCAUCUGUCAUCAGCACUCAAUAAGUGUCUCCAGUCCCUAAGCCUUUCAAAGCAAUCCCUCUGCAGGUUUGAGUUGAGUAUCUCCCCUCUGGGUUGAAAGAGCAAGAUUGCUUGCUCAAAUGUUUUAUUCCCCAUAACUAGUCUUUUUCAGAUUUGGUUCAUCCCAGACUAUCAUUUUUCUGGACAGUAUUUUACAUUGUUGGUUAAUACUGCCUUCCCCACUCAAAGGGGGCUCGGUAAUGUUCAGUUAUAAGAAAAGUACUAAACUUAUCCUUAUUUUAAAAACCACAAAACUUAUUUCUGGUCACAAAUAUAAGGCAGAAUUUAUUUGCAAAUAAAUAAACCUGAAGUCAAAGAGUAAAGUAACCAAAAAUAGUAAUCUCAGUAUAAAGAAUCCGUGUGUGUGUGUGUGUUAUACAGGAGAGUAUACGUAUAUGUGUUGGGUAUUUUAUUAGGUAUUAUUUUACUUAAUGUGUUAUUUAGAAUUCUAGAUUCUGCAGAAUAAAGUUUGUGGAGAUUAAGGAUGGGUGAAUUUUAUUUUCUUCAUAUUAUAUGUAUCUAAAUCGUAAGAGAUUGGACAAUGCCAUCUGGCCUUGGACUCUGUGACAGGGUUUAGGUGAAGAGCUGGGAAACAAAGAUGAGGUGUUGCAUUUUCUUUUCUUUUUGUCUCCUAGCUUAUUGAAGAAUAAUUGACAAAUAGAAUUGUAUAUACAUUUUCCUUUCUUUUUUCUAUUUUUAUUUCUUUUAGGCAGAGAGAGAGAAAGAGAGAGAGAGAAAGUUAGAGAAUCUCAAGUUGUAAGAAUCUCAGCCCUCUUGUAUCUUUAUUCAAGCAGGCUCCAUGGAGCUGGACCUGAGGCUUGAUCUUACGACCUUGAGAUCAUGACCAGAACUGAAAUCAAGAGUUGGAUGCUUAACCAACUGAGCCAUCCAGGCACUCCACAUUUUCCUUUUUUAAUGUUCUUCAAGAGUGCCAUUGCUUCAGCUUUGCUGUUAGUCAGCAAUAAUGAUAGCAAAUACUUUUAUAUCAUUUAUCUCCUUGGCAUUGGUUCUAUUUGCCAUAUAUAUAUGUAAGCACACAUGCAUAUAUAAAAUACAUAUAUACACACAUAUAUACACACAUAUACAUGCAAAAACAUACAAAAUAUAUGACGUAUGUAAUUCUUUUUAUAGAAGAGGUAAAUGAGGCACAGAGAGGUUAAGUAACUUGCUGACAAGUCACACAGCCAUUGGAGCCAGGCUUCAAUCACAGGGGGCUGUGUGACUUGAGCUUCUAGCAACUUCACUGACUUCAUUGACAAUGCUGGUGUAAGAAAUCAUGCUCGUUUAAUGGGCAUAAAGUUUCCUUACUGCAAGGUGAAUAAGUUCUAGAGAUCUGCUGUGUAACAUUGUGCCUAUAGUUAUAGUACAGUAUUGUAUACUUAACAUUUUGUUAGGAGAGUAGAUCUCAUUCAUUGUUCUUACCACAAUAAAAUGAAAUUAAAAAAGAAAAGAAAAGAAACAAUGCCUCAGACUGGUGUUUCAUAGUCCUGAUAAAUUCCCCCUCUACUGAGGUGUCAAUUCUUCCACAGUUUAGGAGUUGAAAAGAUGGUGUUUUGUUAUGUUUUUUCAACAUAAAAAGUGAAAUAUAAAAAGGGAUCCUGGUUUAAUUUUUUUAAGCAAUUGACGUUAAAACGCCAGCCAGGCAAAUUCUCCUGGGCAUAGUAGACACAGAAUCAAUUGAGGAAUGAUCUUGUCAUUUGUAUAAUGGGGCCAUGAUAUUUCUCAAAGUCAGAAGGAAGAAGUUCACAUCCAAAAUGUCAACACAGGAAGGUAAGCUGGUUCUCAUGGAAUUUAGGUGAAUCAAAGUAAUUCCCACAUAGCUUGUAAAUGUUAAAAAUAGUAGAGAUUUUUUUUGGUAAUUUUUGGAGUUGCCUUCCCUUUAUAAAUUAGUAUUAUCCAGUUUAGCUAUCAGGGAAUCUCACUAUUUUAUAUUACUAAUAUCUGACUUGAUAUUUGGCCUUUGGUUAUGUCUUAGGUAAGGUGUUAUAAUUUCCAGCUUUACCAUCAAGUGAGAAAACUCACUUUUACACUGUUUUCAAAAUGAUAUUAAAAAAAAACCAUUUAUAUUCUUCCAGCAUUUCAGAAUAUGGGCAGAAGUAGAUUUUAAAAACUGCUUGGUAAUCCAUUUUGUAGAUGGCUAAGGAAUGGAAAAAAAAAAAAAAGCAGAGCUCAUCUCGGUCACUCUAAUUGAUACUGACAACAGACACCAUUUCCAAAGAAUUCUUGUGAAAGAGCUACUCCUGCUGUCCAAGACUUCCCUGAUUUGUUUUCUUUGCUCAUUUGAUGUGCAAUCUUGUGGUUUCUGGCCCCCUUCACCAUCUAAAGCAGAAAAACAUAUUCGAUUCUCAGGCUCUUUUAACUGGAACUUGCUCUUCAAUUUCUAACUGUUUCAACAAAUGGAAGGACUUGACUGUGGAAUUUUUUUUUUCCUUUUUAAGUGAACAGUUUGCUGUUGCUCAGACCCUACCACAGGUUCAACAGGCAAAUGAAAACUAUCUCUUCAGAUGUGGUCACCCUUGACAGUUCGAAAGAACAAAAAUUACAACGCUUUAAGACUUGAAAUAAAAACUCAUCCUUGGAAUGAGAGCUCAUGUUCCAAAGAUGAUAUUACAAUGAUAAUAAGUUUUCAUAUUCUCCUUUUAGUCUAAAAUUUCCCUCAUUAAACACUACCCACAAGGCUGUCUUGUCUUCAACAGCCUUAUAGUAAGAGUUCUGGAACCCUUGCUUGGUGAAUGAUGAGGAAGUGUUCUGGGAUGCUGCUUUUAUUUGAGCUUCCUUUUUUAUUUUUGGUGUUGCGGUUAGAUUGAAAUAUUCUGGAAUGAACCAAACUUGACUAUAGUGCAGAUUGAGCUUAACCAAGAAGUUCAUAGUCUGAUCAACACUGACCUGAUCUACAACAUCAGAAGGGAGUUCUGCCUGCCCAGUUGGGCCUCUGUUGACUGCAGAUAACUCGGCUUCACUCAUUGCCUGUGUGGAAAAUUCUCCCUAUUGAUUUUUUGUGUUUUUUUUGUUUUUUUGUUUUUGCACAUGGAGGACAGUAACAAAGACGGCAACACAGGCUGAUAAGAGCAGAGAUCACAGGAGAAUUCUUUUCUUACAGGCCCUUGGGACUUUUCCUCUAGUUGGAGUUCUGGACUUUAACAGAGCCCUUUCCAGUCAUUUUGGUUUUGUUUCUUGUUACUUUCCCACCACCUUGUAUUUUGUUUCCGUACUUCAGAAAUGGGCCUACAGACCACACAGUGGCCCAGCCAUGGGGCUUUUUUCCUGAAGUCUUGGCUUCUCAUUUCCCUGGGGCUGUACUCACAAAUGUCAAAAACCUUGGCGUGCCCUAGCGUGUGCCGCUGCGACAGGAACUUUGUCUACUGUAACGAGCGAAGCUUGACCUCAGUGCCUCUUGGGAUCCCGGAGGGCGUAACCGUACUCUACCUCCACAACAACCAAAUUAAUAAUGCUGGAUUUCCCGCAGAACUGCACAAUGUACGGUCGGUGCACACGGUCUACCUUUAUGGCAACCAACUGGAUGAAUUCCCCAUGAACCUUCCCAAGAACGUCAGAGUCCUCCAUUUGCAGGAAAACAACAUUCAGACCAUUUCGCGGGCUGCUCUCGCCCAGCUCUUGAAGCUCGAAGAGCUUCACCUGGAUGACAACUCGAUAUCCACGGUGGGGGUGGAAGAUGGGGCCUUCCGGGAGGCUGUGAGCCUCAAACUGUUGUUCCUAUCCAAGAAUCACCUGAGCAGCGUGCCCGUUGGGCUUCCUGUGGAUUUGCAAGAGCUGAGAGUGGAUGAAAAUCGUAUCGCUGUCAUAUCAGACAUGGCCUUUCAGAACCUCACGAGCUUAGAGCGUCUGAUCGUGGAUGGGAACCUCCUGACUAACAAGGGCAUUGCCGAGGGCACCUUCAGUCAUCUCACCAAGCUCAAGGAAUUUUCCAUUGUUCGGAAUUCACUCUCCCACCCCCCUCCUGAUCUCCCAGGUACACAUCUGAUCAGGCUCUACCUGCAGGACAACCAGAUCAACCACAUCCCUUUGACAGCCUUCUCAAAUCUGCGCAAGCUGGAACGCCUGGACAUAUCCAACAAUCAACUGCGCGUGUUGACUCAAGGGGUCUUUGAUAAUCUCUCCAACCUGAAGCAGCUCACUGCUCGGAAUAACCCCUGGUUUUGUGACUGCAGUAUUAAGUGGGUCACGGAAUGGCUCAAAUACAUCCCUUCAUCUCUCAACGUGCGAGGUUUCAUGUGCCAAGGGCCCGAGCAAGUCCGGGGGAUGGCUGUCAGGGAGCUGAAUAUGAAUCUUUUGUCAUGCCCCACCACGACCCCUGGGCUGCCCGUCUUUACCCCAGCUCCAAGUACAGCCUCGCCAACGACCCAGCCUUCCACGCUCUCUGUCCCAACCCCUAGCAGAAGCUACAUGCCUCUGACUCCCACCACAGCCAAACUUCCCACGAUCCCUGACUGGGAUGGCAGAGAAAGAGUGACCCCGCCUAUUUCUGAACGGAUCCAACUCUCUAUCCAUUUUGUGAAUGACACGUCCAUCCAAGUCAGCUGGCUCUCUCUCUUUACCGUGAUGGCAUACAAACUCACGUGGGUGAAAAUGGGCCACAGUUUAGUAGGGGGCAUUGUUCAGGAACGCAUAGUCAGCGGUGAGAAACAGCACUUGAGCCUGGUUAAUUUAGAGCCCAGAUCCACCUAUCGGAUUUGUUUAGUGCCACUGGAUGCUUUUAACUACCGAGCUGUGGAAGAUACCAUUUGUUCCGAGGCCACCACCCAUGCCUCGUAUUUGAACAAUGGCAGCAACACGGCUUCCAGCCACGAGCAGACGACUUCCCGCAGCAUGGGCUCCCCUUUUCUGCUGGCGGGCCUGAUCGGGGGCGCGGUGAUAUUUGUGCUCGUGGUCUUGCUCAGCGUCUUUUGCUGGCACAUGCACAAAAAGGGGCGCUACACCUCCCAGAAGUGGAAAUACAACCGAGGGCGGCGGAAAGACGACUACUGCGAGGCGGGCACCAAGAAAGACAAUUCCAUCCUGGAGAUGACAGAAACCAGCUUUCAGAUCGUCUCCUUAAAUAACGAUCAGCUCCUUAAAGGAGAUUUCAGACUGCAGCCCCUUUAUACCCCAAACGGGGGCAUUAAUUACACGGACUGCCAUAUCCCCAACAACAUGCGAUACUGUAACAGCAGUGUGCCAGACCUGGAGCACUGCCACACGUGACAGCCAGAGGUCCAGCGUUAUAAAGGCGGACAGUAAGACUCUGGAGAACACACACACGUGUGUGCACCGAAAGACACACAAAUUACAUUUGAUAAAUGUUGCCCAGAUGCAUUUGUGCAUUUGCAUACUCUGUAAUUUAUACGGUGUACUAUAUAAUGGGAUUUAAAGAAAAAAGUGCUAUCUUUUCUAUUUCAAGUUAAUGACAAACAGUUUUGUAACUCUUUGCUUUUUAAAUCUUAAAAAAAAAAUAGUUGCUGAAGUACUGUACAGGGUUGUACCAUGAGAACCCAAUGCCAAGGCUAAGGAGUGAUUCUUCCUCAUGAUGCACAUUCACCAUUUUACUGUUGAAGCUGUCAGAAUAAAUUCCUUUCUUAUGGUUGGUGGUCAGAUGAAAAGGCACAUGGAAACGGAUUCAUCAGGGUAGGCUACACAACAUGGGGAAAACAAGGAAUGGCCCAGAUAGAUAUCUUUAUGCUAUUUCUAUACUUCCUGGUGUGGAAGGAAAGUUAAAAAUUUCAAAGUAGAAGAAAGGAGGUAGUUACCCUGAUUUGACCCAAAGCAGGAAAUCUAGAAAGCAUCACGAGGAAGCCCGUUCCUGUAAGAUAAGUUAACCGAACCCGGCAGAAUCCAGAAAAUGAUGUGGGCUUUGAAAAGAACUUCAAACCCGGGGGCUGGCUUUCUGACUGGGAGCUUAAAAAUCACCCCUCACACCUCCCUGAUCCUAUGUGAUAACAGAGUUAGAGACUUGAGUCUGAUUCCGGCCAUCUUCAGGGACAGAUAGGAUGUUCCAGCAAGAAAACUCCCUUUAAAAGUGUUACUAUUCAAAUUAUAUGUCAGGUUGAAUCACAUUCAACAGAGAUAUAUUCUAGAAUACUUUUUUAGAAGAGGCUAAUAAAAUAACGGGAAGAAUUAUAUUGAAUGGAAUUAUUUUUGAUAAUGAGAAUUAUUUGGGUAGAUUCACCACAGCUAUGUCAACAUGAUAUUUAGACCAACAAGGGAUCAGUGUUUGGAAUAUACUAAACUUGUUAUUUAACAACUAUUGGUACCAUUUAGACAAAAGCAAGUGAUCAGUGAUUCUGCUACACUUCAUCAAACGACUUUGUUAGUAUCAUGUUGAAAUAGCUUGAAUUAAUACCUUUAUCCCCUUGCAAAUUUGUCUUCCAGUCACCUCACCUAUAUUUUCGUAACUAGCCGUUUAUGCUAGAUUUUUUCCCCCCACUCUGCUUAAACUUUGAAAAAGAAAAUGAGAUCCCAGUCUCGGGUCCACAAAAUAUCCAUACAUACUUAUACACUUUAAAAUGUAUACUAAUUUUCUCUGCUGAUAAUUCUAUAAGGACAUAUCAAAGCUGGCUGAAAUAAUGUAUUUUUUUAAAGCAAUACUGAGUUUCCACCUUGGACCGAUGUUCAUCCUAUUCCAUUUUUGAAAUUUCAUUUAUUCCCCCUCAGUCUUGGAUGUCCCUCUUCUUUCGGAAUUGUGGAGGGAUGAUCUAUCUUACAUUAGUAGGAUCACAUGGAACAAGUCAGAGAGCACAGGCUCCUUCCCCUAAUCUUGGCAGAGUGGGCAAAGAGCAGAGGGCAUAGAGAAGAGAGGGAUGUCUGUGCUUAAUUCUAGAUAUUUUCAAAGCAAUGCCCAUUUUCACAAAGUAUGUAUAACUCACUCCUUUUCAUCCCGUAGAUGUAGAAGGGCUAUCGAUCACCUACAUUAACUAAAAAAACACAUCAUUGGAAAAUUCCUUUUAAAAUCAAAUUCUGCCCUGUGUUGUGGAUUUCCUUUACCACUGGCCAUUUUUUAGGGACCUGUGAAAUUGAUGUCACACUCAUUUUGGCUUUCUCUCUCGCUCUUUCUCUGUCUCUCACUUUUAACAAAAUAGAACUGUGAUGUGUCUUCUUUGUAAGAGUUUAGGUAUAAAACGCUAUGCAAGUUUUUCUUUAUAGUAAGAGCUUUAUUUUCUUUAAUAAUGUACCCCCCAACUUAUAUGUUUUAAUCUCCCUUGUCCCUCAGAAUAAGCAGAACAUAUAACUGAAGUUAUAAUGUUGUAGAGGCAAGAAUCGAAACGGCAGUCAGUUGAACUGAAAUUAGCUGUUAAUUAAUUUGAAUUAAUUCUAAAGUGACUUAGGUUUCCAUAUGAGUUUAUUAGCUAGCAAAAUCUGGCUGUUGCUUGUUGAAAGCUAAUUCCACACAGCAAAGGGACAAGACAGUCUGUGAAGGUGAUCAGUGUUAACAGUAAGCCAUCUACCAUUCAGGACAAUGACAUGGGGUUGUGUGUAUUUAACUGGAUAAUUCCCUUCCACUGUUGUCUUCUCCUUGGCUGUGUAGAUAAAACUAUGUGUUCACAUUAUGGUACUUUGACUUUUGAGGGUUUUUUUUUCUCUUUUAUCCACAAAAUAAUCAUGCUCGUUUAUUUAUAUUGUGUAUCUAACCCCCAGCAUCAUAUUUGGCUGCUGAAACAUUUUAGUUUCGAGCCAAGACCGAUGUUGGAAAGGUUUCUAUGAUGUCUUGUGGGAUUCACAGAAUUAUUUGGGGCUUGAGUGGUACAAUGAAGUCCUAGUCAUGUGAAGGGGCCUCUGCUAAAAGACGUUCCUGAAGAGAUAGAACCUAGUUACAGUCUUUGCUUUGAUCUUGCGCACAGUAUGACGGAGGCUGCUAAAAAUAAGAUCAGUGUCUCGUUUGUCAUAGCAUACCUGGGGCUCUCACGCCAGGAUAGGAAGCCCAUCACGGAAUUUGUAAUGUCUUAGGUGUCUUAGGAAAACUGCUGAAUAACCAACCGUCAGUGUUGGCUUAGGCUUUGAUUGGCAUCUUCAAUCGCGGGAAGUGUGUUUUGCUGAAACAUCUACCCUCUAAUGGAGCCUCUCUUGCUGCCAUUGUUAUGUACUUUGAGAUUAGGAAGAGUCACAGUUGAAGAUGCAGGCCAGGACCAUGAACCAACAAGACAUACACCCUGGCUUAUAGAAUUGGAUGCUAUUUGACCAAACAAGCUGAUUUCAGAUAACACAUGGCCACUUUCAGAGCUAGGCAACUGUCACCGUGCAGAGGAAAUUCUAAGAGUGAGAGGUGUAGCCGUGAUCACACAGAUGUUAUUGAUCGUUAUUCAUUCCCAGGGUUGUCAUUAAUACCUGCUUGUUGUGGGGAGAUGUGUUUGAACAGGGAGAGGCUCUGUGCUCCCCUCAAAACUGUCAAAUACAUUAGCAGUUCAUCACAACGGAUGGCCACAGGCAGAGACAAAAAGUGUGUUUCCUUGCCCGGUUUCCUUGUAUGAGAAGUGGAAAGCAUUCUAUCCCCUGAGAAAUAAUGUGAUUUCUAAUUACCUGGAUGUCUGUUGGAAAUAUAUAAGAUAUGUUCCCCAAGGUUUAAAAAAACAAACAGUGUUGCUGUAUUGUGACCAGUCUGGCAAAAAAUAUUAAUGAAGUCGCUAAUUUUAAGGCUCCGUUUCCUACCAGUGCCGAUCAUGAUGGUCUUAGUCACUUCCCAAGAUCAUAACUUACUUCCCCACGUGGAGAACCAGCUCUGCAUGCGGUGAGCAGAACACCCAAUGCAAGCAAAAGUUACAGGGAACGGCUGAGGCAGAUCGCCUUUUGACAGUGAACUGUUUAGUUUUCAUCAAUUUCUUUGUUUACAGCAUUUUUCUCUACCCUACAACAAGGAGACAUUGAGUUUUACGUUAGAACAAGAACAGUUUUGCCCAUGAUUUACCUUUCCAGCUUCAUGGGAGUGCAAAGCAAUUUCUUUGUGCCGCAAAGGGCAAUACAAAUACAAAACAAACAAACAAACAGCUCUCCUAAUUCUUACUCUUGUCAAAACUGACCUGAUGCUCUUUUUUAAAAAGUCAAAAUACUAAUGAAGAAAGCUAUGGCUUACAUCCUUUUCUGAUUUCUACAUCAGGGCCAUAAGACAAUUGACCACUGGGGGAUGCUUGUCACAGAAUGUGGGGAGAAAGUUUUGUCCAUGUAUGAUACUGUUGUUACAACAAACCGAUCAGAUUCUUUUGCUAUAGUUUUCAUUUUUCUUUUUCUAGAGGCACAUCAUCCACCAGAAGAGCACAAAGCAAGGCCAUCGUAACAGGCAUUUUUAAACUAGUAUGCAACACACACGUAUGUGCACACACACACACAAACAUGCACACUGAGGCAUUUAUGAAGAUGUCCAUGGGAUAUAAGAUUUAUAACUUUUUGAGGCAAGGUGAAGGCGUCACCACUGUCUGUCCCUCUAAGACCAGUAUAUAUUCACCAAAAGUUAAUCCCAAUGGUUUGUUUGAACCACAUGUUGAUUUCCUUCUGGUUUAUGUUUAGUGUGUUCUCAUAACAAGGGACUGCAAGGGUCUGGAAGAUUCUGUAUCGCACGUCCUCUGAGACCUACCAUGCCGCACACCUUGUUAACUACAGACUUCACUCUACACUAUACAGUACCUUGUUGAUAUAUUCAGUAAAGGCUUAUUUUAAAAGAAAACCACAUUUUGUUUAUCUGAGUAAGUUCAUUGGGUUAUAGCCAACACUUGCGUUGUUAAUGUGAAAGAGAAAUUGUUAAUGUGGAAGGCUUCCUGAUGAUGCAUGAGGGUGGCAGGAAUAAAGGAGGUGAUAGGAUUUUUCCUUUUCUCCUACCUUGAAGACAACUUCUGUUUUUAAAGCCAUUUAACCUUUUGUGUGUGUGUGAGGGGUUUAUAUGAAAUCUUCAUGUUCUUUUCUACUUCCCGACUAACUUGUGUGUUUGUCUGCAUAUCUUUUCAGUAUACACCAUACAUCAAGAAUAUUGUUUUGUAUUUGUGAAAUCUGUAUUCUUAGGAUAGAGAUAAAUACGAAUGUAGUUAUCCAAUCAGAAUAGCCCCCCCCCAUUUCAUAACAUACACUAUUGGUUUUAAAAUGUCAAUUUUUCUUAAGAAUUCCCAUGGUACAUUUCUACUUCAGAUUUGUUUAUAGCUCAUGCACCCAUACUUCUAAUGAGCACUCAUGAAAAUGUAUCUAUUCACGUGCUCCAGUUCAACUCGGAUUAUUCUCACCAUUUUGCCAGACCCCUUUCCUCUAACUCUUUAAUAAUGUAUUUGACAGAGAUUAAAUCAGGAAACAAAAUCACGACACUUCAGUUAACUAGUAUUAAUUAUUUUAGAAUCUAUGUUGGAAAAUUAAGUAUGCAAGACAGUGGUCACUGGUGAUUUCUAUUACACUUGGGAGAUUUUGUGUCAAAUAAUGUCCAUGCAACUCUCAGUUACUUUUACCAAGAAUUGCAGACCUUAUUCUGUGAAGACCAGACUCUUAGUCAAGGAAUAAAAUUCGUUAAAAAAAAAAAGUUUAUUACAAGUCAGCAUUUGCCUGACUUCAGAAGUUUUGUAGAAGAAUAAAAUACAGUCUUAGGCAAGUCAAGCACACCUUCUACUUCCCUGUGUUCCUAAAGAAAUCUGUCUGUUCACCCAAAGUAUUUAUUUUUCAUGUACCUUCUACAGAAUUCUAUGUUAGGUUCUUUUGGGGAUUCAGAGAAAAAUAUGACUCUACCACUAAGGAGCUCACAGAUUGUGCAAGAAGCUUGUUUUCGAACACAUCCCGGAGUCUCAGAGACCAUGUAAUAAUUUUACAUUCUCUCAACCUCAACAGAGUAUCUAAGGUGACAAGAGAAAUAGACGUACUUCUUGAUACAUUUGAUGAUGCAUUUGUUGUAUAUAUUAGAUGAUUUUGGUGUUUAAUAGAUGACGCAAAGUGAUGGUGCGUUGAUGAAAUUAGAAUUGAAUUUGAAUCAAAUUUUCAAACAUAUACUAAGUAAUUGAACAUUUAGGAAUUGUGUUUGGUAAUUAGACAUGCAACUUUAAAUUUCCACUGGGCGCCAGAAUAUAAAUUAAUCUAAAACAAUAAAUAAUGGCACCUGACAAUUCUUGAGCACCAAUGUAAUGCCACAUUUAGAAUGCUUUGAUACAUGUGGUCACAUUUUGUCUUCAACUAUGUAAGGUGUUUCAUCUUAGCUUUUCAGCAUGUAAAACUUCCCAAGAAGUAUAGCGAUUCGUCCCUGAUCAUAAAACCUGUGAAUGGCAGAGUCGGGCGUUAACCCCAAACAUGAUUCUUAGACUCUUAAGUACUUUCUCGCCUCUUAAAUUGACUAGCUUUGAGAUGGACUAGCCUUCAGGACAACUUCAUUGUCAACGGUUAAAAUUUGUGAUGAUCGAGAUAUCACAACAUCACUCUGAGGACACAUAUAUUAAUUAUUGUUUGUGGCAAAUCAAAGAAACAUUCUAAAAACCUAAAAAUAUUUGUCUUUCAAAUCCCAUUCCUGUUUUUUUAAGAGAAAUUCUGUGUUUGUUAUUAUUGGGUGGCUGCACAUUUAUCUGACUUGAGAGCUUCAGAUGGAAUCAAGAUAUGCCUACACCCACGGGGUGAGCUGAAAGAACUAUUAAAAGGACUUGAGUGAGGUUAUUUUUAGUAAUGAGUUUGUUUCUUACUCGAGAGGUUGCUCGAAGUAUUUUGUAGAGCCUGCUGAAGAUGCUCAUAUGUCAGAAUCUAUUAGGGCCUUAGCAAACUGGCUCCUGGAUUUACAAUUUUUUUUGAUAGCACAAAUAGAAAAUGUGCUCUUUAGAGGAUAUUGUAGGAGCUUUGUUUUUAUUAGUUAUAUGGAAAGUUAAGGAUAAAGCAUCUGUAAUGGUACACUCUAAAAACAGAGGUCUUUUUAGCACACACACACACACACACACACACACACACACACCAAUUGAUGAACCCGUUUGCCCAUUUUCUUGGUGUGAAGUCUAAACUAAAUGAAAAAUUCAUUACAUCCUUAAGGAGAUUCUUGUCAUUUCUGUGACAUAAUCAACUUCCAUAUUGGGUCAAUCUAUUCCUAACCAAAUAUCAAAUUAUGCUGGUUCAGACUCUGCUAAACUCCCUGGUUUGGGUAGGAUGGGCCUUUGUUAGUUUAGUUUUGUUUUCAUUUCGCAACUAUUUGAUGAAGCCUGGUAAGUUUUGGUGCUGAAUAAGAUUGCUUUCUGGGACAGCAAACUUGGCAUCAUCAGAAAUCUUUCCUGAAAGUUAUGGUACUCAACACAUGGGCCAGGUUUUUCCUGUCUCUUUGCCUCCUUUGAGCACUCGCACUCUUACAUUUGAGUAAUCAUAGAGCAGUUCUACUUACAGUGCUUACAUGCUUUCUCAAAUGUUUUUUCUCCUCUCCGUUUCCUAACUCUGACAUGGUUAAGACCCUUCCUGUAUUCUCUAGUCCACCUGCCUCUUUCCUACACGCCGUGGGACAAGGUAUAAUAGUCCAUAAAUAAUGCCUGAUCGUGACCAGGCAUUACCAUGAUUUUAAGAGAGAACUCAAGCUCUUUGUAUGACAUAAUGUGUCAUAUAUACAUUACUCUCUGGCAUUCCUUACUAGUAUGUCCUCCUCAUUCAUUAUGUUCUCUGGACUAGAUAGAUACUUGAAAUCAACCAACAGUCUCUCUCUAAGAAAUGUCAACGCUUCCAUACUGCUGUAGCUUUACUCGACGUUGUUUAUCCUAUGACAUUCACUUUCUUCUUUGCUUGGUGAACUGUUCCUUCUUUAAGAUAUGACUCAAGUGGCCCCCACCUUUGGGAAGCUUCUCAAAUCACAUCUGUCAACUAUCGGACUCCUUUGUGCAGUUAAUAUAACUUUAAAAUACUUUUCUUUAUGGCAUCUAUAUUUUGUGGGUUUUCAUGGGUAUGUUUCAUGCCUAUAUUUUAACCCCCCGGAGACAGAGGACAGACUCUGGCAAUUUUUGUAUCUCAUCCAGUGAUGAGUAAGUACAGUGUUCAGCCCUGGGCAGGUGUCUCGUACAUGCUUUUGGGUAAAAUGUGAACAGAGCACAUGGGACAAUGAAGUGAUGUCAGGUGUCCCCAAACAGCAGCAGCUCAAAUAACAGCUACCCUGUCAACCUCCUACGGCUGGAUGACUUUCUUAAAAGCCUCCGAAUGAUCGGUGGAAUUCUGGAUAUGCAGAAUCAGACUUGCUCAGAAGCUACAAUAUGAGUUUUGCAAGAAACAAAACAUAAAUUUCCUAAAAAAAUCUCUUGUUUACCCAUGACUAUUUUUAGCGAAAUUUUGUUUUCAUGAUUAUUUGUUGAUCACACAUUUAUCUGAUUUGAAAACUUUAUUAUGGAAUCAGGAUACGUUUAUACCUACAAGGAAGGCUGAGAGAACUAUUCAAAUGAUUUGAAGAACAUCCUUUUUAUAUUUUACAGAAAACCCCAAAACUCUGAGCCAACUUGCAAAAAGGCAUAUGAAGACAUAGCUUAAAGAAUUGUCUUACCAGAUGCCAUCAUCAUGAGAAGUACACAAAGUAUGGAUAGACAUAAAGUCAAAGUAAAACAUUUUGACACUUUGCUAGGCAUGAUGAACUUUUCACGUGUAAAAAAGUAGAUUGGUUUUUUGCAUCGGCAAUAUCAAAAGGGACAGUCGAUAUUCACUGUGUCAUAUCUUAUACCUAAAAUAUGGCAUGUAUCAUUUAGAGGUCCACAUUGUAUUAUCUUGAUUAUUUUCUCUACAAAUAAAUAGUUCUCUUCUAGAAAUGAUAUUCCCAUAAAGAAUGAUGCAGUGGAGGUGGUAGUUAUUAAAACCUCAAACGUGAAACAGGCUGACUUAUUUUGGAAACCUGUCUCUGCCAGUUGGCUUUGUUAAUAACUUAUACUUUAUGGUCAUCAGUUUCCUUUACCUGAAAUGGAGACAGUGAAGUCUAACUCAUAUGGGGGUUGCCAGAAGUGCAGGUAUGUAGAGCAGUUAACAGUUUGUCAGACUCGGCAAGCAUUGAAUAAAUGGCAUCGGACACGAUAUAUUUUCAGACAGACCUCUUUCACAAGCACAGAGUGACAUAUUGCCCACUUUAUAUGAAGACACCCAAGUUCAUGAGUAUUAAGAUCAGCAUUAUACAAGAGUCAUGUAUUCAAAGGUAAUUAGCAUCCCAAAUUUCACAUACUUGUGUACAACCAUUAUCAAUACAGUCCAACAGGGAGUUUUCCAUUUUUUCUACUUUUUUUUUUUUUUUUUUACUGGAAAAGUUAGGGAAAGUGAGGCGCCAUAAGGUAGCACAGAACAAUACCACGUCCUCUGUCUCAUGAUGGGUGGGACCAUUGAGCAUCACUGUUGAACGGAAAAAGAAUAGACUUCUUUGUAGUGUAGCUAACAUAUUUCCUCUCUGAUCUUCAGAAUACACAUACAUGUGAUUAUUGCUAAAAAUUAGCACAGAAGUAUCAAAUGUGCUCUGAGAAUGAGUGUUCAGAAGACAUUGGGAAAUUAAAACUAAAAAAAAAAGCAAGAUAAUAAGUUUCUGCUCAAAAACCUAUAAUGUUAAAUGACAUGGUUUUAUUUCGUUUUACUAUAACCAACCAUAGGAUCUAUACCGGCACUUGGCUGGCAGAUAGCGGGGCUGGUAACAACCAAAUGGAAGAGCAUGUUAAUGGUUCUGCAGUGUAGAUGUGACAGUCUACCAUCUGUCACCCAGUUACUUUUUGCAAUCAAUGUCAUUCUUCAUUUUGUAAUCUCGUUGUAAUUAAGAGGCAUACGUCCUCUUUGAAUAGGUCAUGUUCUUUUUUCCUUUGGUGCAUGGUAAUUGAUGGUAGUGAAAACAGGCUCAAAACAGGUCACUCAUUUGGGCUCUAUAUCAGCGUUAUUUUCCUUUUAUCCUGCCUUUCCUUGUUUAAUAAAGGCAGAAGGUUAGCCAUUCAGAUGCUAAGGGAAAAAUGCUUUCUCUUCUAGUCCUUGACUGCAGAGUUUAAUUGGUUUAGGGGCAGCUAUUCGGCAGGGAGAAGUCAAUAUUGGCAUUCCCCUGGUCUAUAGCCAAUUUCUCUUCUCUUUGGGCUGGUGUCUGUUUUGAUAGCUUGCCUCCCGGCUUUUUCUGUUGUUAACUUUUUACAUAUUGACUCUUACUAGUUGGAAUGCAGUGUGCUCCACUAGUGGAUCUUGAAUAAGAGGGAACCAUUUGCUUUGUAAUGGAGGCCAAUCACCUCUGACAGAAAGCACCAGUUUCUAUACAGCCUAUUGUAUGGGGCUUACUGAACAUGAUGAACCUCUCUGAUUCUGAGUUUGAAUGUGUCCAGAGUUUUCCUUGCUCCAUUCCAUGGGCCUUGAGCGUAUUUAUGCUUCUAUUUCCUCAUCGGUCCUUGAGGUAAUUACAAUAAUUACCUCAGCAGCAACAAUACAGCAAGGUGCCUGGCACACACUAAAGUGUUCAAUCAAUGUCAGGCGCUUUCUGAAAAUAUGGGGAAUUAAUAUCCACAAAGUAGGAUUACACACCGUGGAUCUCCUUUGGAUCAUGGGUCAGACCAUUCAUCUCUCUGGCCUAUUUCUUCUUGUUGAGAGCAUAAGACUUUGGUUGAUUUCUUAAGUUCUUCUGGACUCUCAAUUCUGUUUCAUUCUUGUCAAUUUUCCAUGAAGCUUAGCUAUAGUGAAUUGGGCUGAUUUAUGCCAUGUGUUUUCAUGAAUUUCAGGAAGAUAUGUAUGGGAGAGAAAACAGGGAGCAUGCAAAAAUUCCAUUUCAUUGACUUUAUUACAAAGACUAGCAUGUCCCCCAUUAGUUACAGCAACAGUAAACUGAAUAUGUUUGGAAAGCAUCAUGCACAAGUAUGAAAAGAGCCUUGGAAUCACAAAGAGCUCCCACUUGAUACCUGUGUGUUAUUAAUGUUCCUAAACCUCAUUUUCCUCAUAUGUGAAAUAGGGUAACAGUGCUUGUGAAGAGUCAAUGAGAUAAUUUAUGUCAAGUGUUCGGUGCAGUAACAGAUUCAUUCAAGCUCAUCAUGGCUGAAAAAUUACAAAUGAAUAGAAAGAGAAGCAAGUGGAAACAAAGCUCAUUCUUAUUAACUCAAUUAUCUUUCCCCCAAAAGAGAGAAAUUCAAACUAUGUUACUAAGUAGACAUAUUUAUAAAAUACUUUAUUUCGAUAAAAAAUUAUUAAAGAUAGAUUUCCCUACAAUAAAACUUGUAUAAAACAAGAUUGUUUCUUAAAAUACCGAGUGCAUCUUCUAUCUUUGUAAGCCUUUUAUGUAAUAGCUAUUAAACUUUAAAUAUUCAACAGAAAAGAAAUUAUGAUAAUACCCAGGAAAAUGCUGAAUGAUAAAUGUACUUUAUUUUUGAUGAAAUAGAACAGAUUUUAACACUGACUGUGCCACUUCUUAUCUUUGAACCCUGAAAAAAUAUACAAUUGUGGUCUUAAAAAUAAAGAAAGAGUUUUUAGAACAAUUAGAAAAUACUUCUUUCCAGGGCCGUCAAUACAUUUAUAAAGCCAUGGCUUACCAGGUAGCAAAAGGAUGUUAAUUUGAAAAUAUUUACCUUAAAGUGGUUGCCUAAGAAUCCCAGACAGUAAGCAAUAGCUUUAAAUGAUCACAUCAUACAUCUGAAUUUAAUAAUGAAACAUUGCUUUAUUAAGGAUGUUUAUAUAAUGCAGACUUUCCAAUAAUUUAUACCAUCUAAUGAUGGACACUUUAAAUAAAUAGCUUGUAGCUAUGUACUUAGAAAGUGAUCCUUGGGACUCAGAUCGAGGUAUCAUUAUCUGUUCACUUCUUUUACAAGCUCACUUAUUCAUUAUGUCCUUGUUAUGGAAUUUUUAAAAGUUUGUUACUUCUAUGAAAAGAAUUUAGUAAAAUGUAACCAAGUUAGUACAAUAAUUAUUUUCGAAAGUUAGUUAAGCCUUAUGCUACCUCUGUAAAGGACCAAAAUCGCAUUUUAAAGGAAUUUAUCAAAGCAAAUAUGACAAAAUUACUUAAUAGUAUUUUUUUCCAAACAUUAAAAUUCUGCCUGGCAGUUUAAGAACUUACAAGUAAAUCAAAGAUGAAGUCAUCUGAGGGAAAAGUACGUAAUUGUUAAUCAAUUUUGCAUAGUGAAGGAAAUUCAAAACUUCAGAGAUAUGCUUUUGAAAUAAUUUAUUUUAACAAAGCUUUCGUUAAUGAAAGAAUUACUACAAAGUGAGUCUAUUGUAGUGUAACCUGAAAGCCAGUGCAAGCCAGUGCAACUGGAAAAGUAAACAACAAACAAACCAGCAUAGGGAAGAAAGAUAGAAAAUGUUUACAUAAAAUUACCAUGUUAAUGGACAAAAAGCCCCCAUCAAAAACAAAAUGAAACACACACACACACACACACACAAAUGUUUUACAGAGCAGUGAUUAAAGUAUGGGCAAAUAAAUUGGGGUGUGAAAUGCAUUUUUAGGGAAAAACACACAAUGUGUUUUGUAGGUACAUGAAUCAGCACACUUACAUAUACAAAUCAUUUGUGGCAUGGGUACAAGAUAAUCAGGUUUAGUUUAGAAAAUGUAAUAAAAAAGAAACAUCGAGACCAAGAAGUUAGCAAAAGAAUUAACAAGUAGUUUAAAAUAUUAACCAUCCAGGGGCGCCUGGGUGGCUCAGUCGGUUGAGCGUCCAACUUUGGCUCAGGUCAUGAUCUCGCGGUUUGUGGGUUUGAGCCCCGCGUCAGGCUCUGUGCUGGUGGCUUGGAGCCUGAAGCCUCCUUCAGAUUCUGUGUGUGUGUGUGUGUGUGUGUGUGUGUGUGUGCGCGCGCGUGUCUGCCCCUCUCCUGCUUGCACUCUGUCUCUCUCUCAAAAAUAAAUAAACAUUUAGGGGAAAAAUAUUAACCAUUCAAGUACUAGAAAUUUGAACUGCUCUUAUUAAAAGUUAUUUGAGAAUCCACAGCAUAUAUGAUGGUGGAAAUUGCAAUGGUUUUAGAGUUCAAAUACUGGCUCAUUGACUUACCAGCUGUGUCCCUAGCCAAAUAAUUAACCACUUUAAUAUUUGGUAUCUUAUAUCUAAAGUGCUAUAAUAAAAAAAACCCUAUCAUUGUG